CACUUCCACGACAUAGGUUACACGUCUCAACUUUUCGAGGCAGGCAAGACGCUCGGACAGCCACCAUGAGGACCUCACCCCAAUUUCUGACCAUCUUCUUUGCAUUUUUAUGCUUCUUGACCAUCGAUGCCAUUGUUGUCAAACAGGAGAACUCACUAUUUGGACCCUAUCAAGCUGGCGUCGGACAUCUGAUGUACUGGGACUUGACCGGAAGCUCCCAACUCGCGGAAACAGCCAUUCGCCUGACUCCCGAUGAACCCUAUAAACAAGGCGCCAUCUGGAAUAACUACCCCAUGAUGAGCAAUGACUGGGAAUAUCAUAUCCAGUUCCAUAUCCAUGGUAAAGGUGUUCACCUCAAUGGGGAUGGUAUAGCUUUUUGGUACGUCAAGGACGCGUUGCACGCAGGACCAGUUUAUGGAUCCAAAGACUACUGGAGUGGACUUGGCAUCUUCAUAGAUACAUUCGAAAACGCCGCUUCACCUCACAACCAUAGACAUCCUUACCUCUCUGCAGUGGUGAAUAAUGGCUCAUUCCCUUACUACCAUAAUGAGCACGGCACUGCUGGCCAGAUCGGAGGUUGUCAUUUACAAGCCAGAAAUCUCGAAUGGCCAGCAAAAGUAGCCAUCUCCUACAUAUCGGAUAUCCUCACGGUGUACGUCGACUCUCAAGGAACAGACAACUGGGCACAAUGCUUCAGAGCUGUUGGAGUUCAUUUACCCACAGGAUACCACUUUGGCGUUUCAGCAAGCACCAGCGAGUACUCAGAUAACCAUGAUGUAGUUUCAGUAACAACAUUGGAUAACAUUAUUCCAGACAAGGUAUGGGCAGACAGGAGUCAACUUGUACCAAAUGCAGAGUUUUUGGAAAUACCAUUUGUGCACUAUCAACAUUUUGUUCGUGAAGAGCAAUUACAAAGAGUUGAAAAGGAAGUAGUACAUCAACAGGUAAUACCAGAAGUGAAAAUCGAACCACCUCAAGAAGUAAUCGCUGAAAUAGAACCAGAAGUGAAAGCUCAACCACCACCAGUAAAAGCUGAACCAGAACCACAAGUGAAAGUUGAACCACAGCAUGUUAAAGCUGAACCACAACCACAGGCGAAAGUUGAGCCACAACCUAAAGUCGAGCCUCAACCCCAAAAGAAAGAGCCACAACCUAAAGCGAAAGAGCCACAACCUAAAGCAAAGGAGCCACAACCUAAGCCAAAGGUUGAAGAAGGACCAAAAAUUGAACCAGUCCCAGAAACAAAAGUCUCGCUGUUGAGGAAAGUACUUUAUAUAGCUGGAAUAGGAAUAAUAUUAUAUGUGGCCAUAGCAAUGUUCCGAAAAUACAAUGCUCAAAGAAAGGAGCGAAUGCAAAAAAGAUUAUACUAAGUUUCAUGUUGUGCCUGAAUAAAUGUUUUUAUAUAAAAUAUU